AUGUAUGCGUUAUCAUAUACUCUACCUGAAGAUAUUUCUAAAGUUUGUUUUAUUACCAAUGUACAGUCAUUCUUGGCUUAUGAGAAAGGUAUAAAUAAUACUACUAGCGAUGCUAUAAACAUAAGUGAUGCCACGAAUAUGAAUGAUGAUAAUAAUGAUGCUAUGAAUGAUACUGUGAGUGAUGCUGUUAGCGAUUCGAUGAACGAUACCGUGAACAAUUCGAUAAACGAUACCGUGAGCGAUUUGAUGAACAAUGCUAUGAUGAAUGAUGCUAUGUAUAAGGAUAGUAUUCAUACUAAAUUAGAUUUUAAUAUUAAAAAUUCUCCCGUACUUACUGCAUUAGAAUCACCCUUCAACUAUCGCAAAUAUAUCUCACAAAGAAAUCGAUAUGAAAUUGCAUUUUCAAUAGCCAAAACUGCUAUUAAUGUUGCUUUAGAAACUAAUAAAGAUGCAGAAUUGAUAACUAGUUCUAACGUUAUUAAACUUCGUGAUGCUUCUCGCAAAAAAAGAAUUAAAGCUGUUACAAAAUUAUCAAAAGGAAAAGCAUUAAAUGAAGUCAUGAAUAUUGUUCAAGAAGCUGAUCAUAGUGAAACAAGCUCAAGACAACAAUGCAGGUGCUUAUUAUGUAAAAAACCCGGAUAUUAUUAA